AUGAAAAGCGGCUAUACGACCGACACGACGUCAGCAACUCUUCCAAACUGGACAGAAAAUCUUAUUAAUGAUAAGCUUGCCCAAACGAUAGACACCAAAUUUGACAAUUCGCUGCCAUCUCCACCUAGUUUCAAACAGGCCAAUAAUGGUAGUAAAACUGCAAAAUCGGCUACUAAACAAGAUUCCGUGAAAGCCAAAGAUUUGAACGGUAUUGCCGUACAGAAAGCUUGGCAAAUCUCGUUGCAACCAGCGAAAUCGAUUCCAUUGAACAUGGUAAUGUCUUACAUGUCUGGUUCUUCGCUUCAAAUUAUCUCCAUCAUGACAGCACUUAUGCUCAUUUCGAACCCCGUGAAAAGCGUCGUUAACAUCAGACGCACGUUCAAGCCGGUCUUGAGCAAUUCUGAAGUGAAAAAUGAGAUUAUGCUCCCGAUGAUGGCGUUCGUGCUUUUUCAAGGUUUGCUCAUGGCUAUUGGCGUGCACAAAUUGAACAGCAUGGGAUUAAUUCCUAAUACCAGAAGCGACUGGCUGUUCUUAGAAAAACCGGCUAGUUUUGCUUCUAAUUCGUAUGCAUUUUGA